CCUCAUCAACCACAGCUCAGCGAGGACUACUUCAGGAACGUCACGGACAUCGUGAGCACGCUCAUGGACAACUACAGGUUCCUGGCGUAUGCUGGUCAGCUGGACCCGAUCUUCUCGGCGGCUCGCAUCGAGGAGUACUACAGAAGCGUCGAGUGGAGUCGGGCCGACCAGUUCCGGCACGGCCGUCGCCUGCCCUUUUACGCGGGACCACAGGAGGAAGGACUGUCAGGGUACGUGACAUCGGCGGGCGACUUCUCGUUCGUGGUGGUCACUCGAGCGGGACACUACCCGGGUUUCGACCAGCCCAGGGCCGUCGACGAAGUGAUGCGACGCUUCCUGAUGAACAACCUGACGGCGCGGCACGCAUGAGCAUCACGAACCGUUUUGGCGAACGAACUGUCUUUAGAUAGCGUGAUGCACACGGGCCGAGCAGUGACAGCAGUGGUCCGGCUGUGUCGUGGACGUUUAAGUUUGACUGGACGCGUAUGUCAGAAAUCGCUUCAACGACCGAGAUUGAGAGUUAUCGAAGUAGAUCCUUGGUUCCAACCAAUACUAUUCCUCAAGUGCGGAAGUGUUUCCGCGAUCGACUGAGUUCGCCCUCUUAGAAGGAAUGAGCGGCGACAACCGUCCGUCCGAGCAACAGUGGCGGCGCAAAAGGAGGGUAGCACGGGUGGGCUGUCAAAACUCUCGCCUGCCCCCCAAGAGCAAUCAU